GAACCCGGAAAGAGUUUCCUGUGACACCGGAUGUGCAUCAGUUCAAUGUGACCGGCUUUCAGCAAAUAAUGUUUGAUUCGUGACUUCAGGGAACAUUUCGGAUUAUACAAAAAUGUUUUUAACCACCGUAAACUUGGCCAAGGCUAAAUCGAAGACCAUCCUGGUCCAGAUGGUGAGCGCCGCGGGGACGGGCUACUGCUUCAACACCAAGAGAAACCGGCUCAGAGAGAAGCUGGUGCUCCGGAAACACGACCCGUUCGUGAACAAGCACGUCCUGUUCUUGGAGAAGAAGAAGAUCCGAUCCAUUUAGGCGUGUUGUUCCGGCCUAAAGACCCAUGUUCAGAUUGUUGAUCAGAGUUUGAUUUGUUGUGAUUUUUUUUGUCGUAUGGUGAAUUAAAAGCCUCCUGUGGUGCUCCUGCA